UGGGAAGAGAAGAGAAGGGAAGAGAAAAGAAGAGAAUGACGCUGCUGAGCUGCACAUUGCUGCUGCUUGUCUCAGAUGCUCACGGUGAUCAUGGCGGACAGCGCGAGUGAGAGUGACACUGAUGGAGCGGGCAGCAGCUCGGCUACUCCCCAGUGCUCCACUUCUUCCUCUUCCAACAAACAGCAGGGUUUCGUGAUUUCCCCGUUUCGUCUGGAGGAGCUGACAAAUCGCCUGGCGUCCCUGCAGCAGGAGAACAAAGUGCUCAAGAUCGAGCUGGAGACGUUCAAACUGAAGUGUAAAGCCUUGCAGGAGGAGAACAGGGACCUGCGCAAAGCCAGCGUCACGAUUCAAGCCCGAGCAGAACAAGAAGAGGAGUUCAUCAGCAACACGCUGUUUAAGAAGAUCCAGGCUUUGCAGAAGGAGAAAGAAACCCUCGCUGUCAAUUAUGAGAAGGAAGAAGAAUUCCUCACCAAUGAACUCUCUCGCAAACUUAUGCAACUUCAACAUGAGAAAGCUGAGCUUGAGCAGCACUUGGAACAAGAGCAGGAGUUCCAGGUCAACAAACUGAUGAAGAAGAUCAAGAAGUUAGAGAAUGACACCAUCUCUAAACAGCUCACCUUGGAGCAGCUCAGACGAGAGAAGAUUGACUUGGAGAACACAUUGGAGCAAGAGCAGGAGGCACUGGUCAACCGACUGUGGAAGCGGAUGGACAAACUGGAAGCUGAGAAAAGGAUUCUCCAGGAGAAGCUGGACCAGCCGGUCUCCGCUCCUCCAUCCCCCAGGGACAUCUCCAUGGAGAUCGACUCUCCGGAGAACAUGAUGAGACACAUCCGUUUCCUGAAGAGUGAGGUGGAGAGGCUGAAGAAGAACCUGCGCACUGCCGAACUGCAGCACACAGAGAAGCGAGCUCAGUACAUCGAGGAGGAGCGGAUCAUGCGGGAGGAGAACAUUCGGCUGCAGAGGAAGCUGCAGCGGGAGGUGGAGCGGCGCGAGGCUUUGUGCAGGCAGCUUUCUGAAAGCGAGUCUAGCCUGGAGAUGGAUGACGAGAGGUACUUUAAUGAAAUGUCGGCCCAAGGCCUUCGUCCUCGAACUGUGUCCAGUCCGAUCCCUUACACACCCUCCCCAAGCUCUAGCAGACCUAUAUCACCAGGGCUGUCAUAUGCCAGUCACACGGUGGGCUUUACCCCUCCAGCCACACUGACCCGUGCGGGCAUGUCUUACUACAACACGCCAGGCCUACACGUGCAUGUCGGAGCCUCACAUGGCAUUGCGAGGCCGUCCCCGAGAAGAAGCAACAGUCCGGACAAGUUCAAGCGCCCAACACCACCUCCUUCCCCCAACACGCAAGCUGGAGCUCAGCCUGGACCCCCUCCUCCUCCUCCGCCCCCUGCAGCACCAGUGCAGCAUCAGCAGCCCGCAGCACCACAGUCCUCACAGCCAUAAUGCAUGAGCUCAGAGUGGACUCAGACCAGAGCUACUGUAUUCCCGCCAAGCCAAAGGCUUAUCUAUCCUAUGUACAUGGAGUCAGCAUCUUCCUCUUGCACUGAGAAUCAAAUAGGCUUCACUGUUAAUCUGUGUUGUAUUUUUUAUUUUUUUUCCUUUUCCAUUUUGGUUUUGAAUGCAGUUCAGUGGUCUUGUGGCAUUGAUUGCAACACUAAACCUGCUUGUGUUUUUUUUUUUUUUUUCCCCCCCCACUAGAAGUACUCCUCUGAAAGAAAUGCAGAAAUGUUUAUGCCAGAGAACGUUAAAGGGAGUGAAAGUAAUCGAUUUCCUGUUAAGCCUCAGCUUUUGGGUUGAUAGAGAUUUUAGUGCACCUGUAAUGCAAAAGAGAACUCUCAUCCGCUUUGCUUACAGAAAAGGAAGAUAGAAUAAUAUGUGAGAAAUGUCUAGUGAUUUAUGGCAUUAUUACAUAUAAAUGAGUCUUCUAACAGUAACACACUAGACACAUGCAGCCAGUCAGGUGCUGCCGAGAGCUGCUUUUAUAGGCACCAGAUGGGUUGGUGGGAAAGUGCAGCUAAUGGCUUUUAAGGGAUGCAGAAGAGCAGCCAUGCCCGAGGUGCAGAAGCAGGGAGCCUGUUCAGUUCGUGCCUAAUGGCAAAACAUGCUCAUGCAGCAAUAGGCGUUUGUUCGAUCUAGAUAAAAGAGCAUGCAUGAAAUGCAGUCUGGGCUCGCUAGGGAGAUGAAUUGCUUUCUAUACACAUGGUUAAUUAUAUAUAUAUAUAUUUUUUUUUGCUAAGAGCGUGAAAGAAUGGUUUACUUAUAUGCUGCUGUUGGUGUAUUGCAGUUUGCAUCUGACUAACUGUAAACAUGUAUUGAUACACCAGUUUAUUCUUUCUUAAUGAGUUCGAAUGAAAUGCCUUGGACUAGGCAGAAGGACAGAGGUAUGUACAUUGUUCUCGUACCCAGUUCACCUCCACCCACAUCCUACCCUUAACAGUGUCUGUAAAUGGUACCACUGUGACUUUUUCUCCCCUCACACCCCUCAUAAUUUGUUCUCAAGUAUAGAUGUGUGGAUUGUUUUUUUGGAAAGAAAAAAAAAAAAAAAGGAAGGAAUUCCGCUAUGUACACCCUCAAGGUAUAAAUCUGUCACAGAGAGAAAGUGUAAAUAGACACACCCCCUUUUUGUAAGCUUUGCAAAUUAUGCUGGGCCAGAGAAAUUGUCAUUUUAUGAAACAAAUUUCUCCCCAUGAUUAGUAUGUGUCUGUGAUCUCGUCUUCGACCUUCUCGUCUGUGGGUGCCCCUGGUUCUUAUUCAUUUAUACAGCCUGUUCCACGUUACCAAAUAGCAUUCAGUUAGUGCAGCUUAAAAAAAAAAAAAGGCAGAACAAAAAAAACACAGAGCACUUACUGUCUGUUGUGAAGAAUGCUAAUUUACUGCAAAAACAGCUCAAAAUGAAAAUCAGCUCAGUGAUAGAAUUACUGGUACUAAGCAGCUCCGUUGUGGUUAAGGCACAGAUGUUUAGUGAGGACACUGUCAGUGGCAUCGGGCCUCUGCAGUGUUACGACACCACCUCCAGCACUGCUGUGUUUGUCAUAUAACACACCAUUGUGGUGUUUGGGGGAACUGUCUCGAUACAAAUCCUGUUUGCAGUUCAUAGAUGUAUCGGUUUCUCUCCUCUUUUUUUUUUUUUUUUUUUUCUCCUUAUAAGCAAUUCCUUAAGAGACCCUGGAAACGUACAGGGAUUUUUCUUUUGUUUACCUUUUUAUCAUUUCAAUGUAAAUAUUUGUUUCAUUGUGUAAAGGAAAAAGAAUAAUUUGUUUUACCAUGAGGUGUUGCGAGUGCAUUUCAAGUUUGUGUUCAAAUUUUACUAGAACGUAAGAUUUUUGCUCAUUUUGGUUGCCCUUGUCAUUUUCUUUUUAAGACUGUUGACAAAUGAAUGUAAUGUUUGCUCAUGUUUUACUGCUAUCUUCAGUGGAUGGAACACCUUUGAGCCUUAACUCACUGUGGUAUUGCUAAAUGUAAGCAUUAUCUAGCUUAUCCCCACAUCAAAUAAUUAAAGCCUUAAUAAUGUGGUUC